AGCCAUGAAGGGCCAUCGAAAGUGGAAGAGGAAGCCGCCCCUCAACUCCUCCUCCUCCUCCUCUUUCUCGUCGUUGUUCUUUGUUCUCCUCUGCUCCGCUCUCUUGUUGGCUGCUGCUUUCUCGACCUUUCGUCUUUUUGGAGUGUCGUUCAAGCCAGUCCUGACCUCCACGUGGCAGUCUCCAGCUCUCAAUGCUAUCUCCUCAGAGCAGCCAUUGCUUCUUCAGAGACCUCCCCCUCCCCCUCACCCUCACAUCAAAAUCCAACAAGCCAUUUCAUUCCCUGACUCAAUCCUCUUCUUCAUCAAACCCUCAUCAACAAUCCCAAAUUUGAACGGCCUCAACUGCCUUUAUCAGCACCCACAUUCAUCUCUAAUCCCCAAUCUCAGCCUCCCCGCAAUCUCUUCUUCCAUUAAAAACUUCUUCGUUCGUUGCCCUCUCCCUCCUCAAGGCUUCUCGGCCUCUCUCUCAACCCCUCACUCGAAAUCUCUGUCCCCUGUUAAGCCUCUGAAUUGGGAUCAUUUGGUCUACUCUGCAGUGCUUGAUCGUCGAGGUAACACGACUGUAGUCUUCGCCAAGGGGCUCAAUCUUCGCUCUGGGAGAUUAUCUGACGCAAAUCGAUAUGAAUGUGUCUUUGCCUUUGAUUUCCGUAAACCUAUAUAUGCACUCACUACUACUUCAGUUUCUGCUGCUCAAGAGGUUUUUCGAUGCAGAACGCCUCCAAGUGUUCUGAAUAGAGUGACUCUCAAACCCCCAUUUGUGUCUAUUAAGACUAGAGGUCGUGGCUCGAUCACUUUGCCUACGAUUGCACGCCCUGAAAUACUAUCGAGUCUAAAGAGGAAGAAGCAUGAUAUGUGUGUAUGCACUAUGGUCCGCAACCAAGCGCGAUUCUUGACCGAAUGGAUCGUGUAUCACUCUAAAAUUGGUGUUGAACGUUGGUUCAUCUAUGAUAACAACAGUGACGAUGAUAUUGAAAAUGUGGUCAGCUCAAUGAAAUCAGUUAGUUUGCACCAUUGGCCUUGGAUUAAGACUCAGGAAGCAGGGUUCGCUCAUUGUGCACUUCGUGCACAGGAUUCUUGCAAUUGGGUUGGAUUCAUUGACGUCGAUGAGUUCUUGUAUUUACCAAAUAAUUCGACAUUGCACGAUUUGCUUCGCAAUUAUUUGCAAAAUCCUUCAAUUGGAGAGCUUCGAGUUUCCUGUCACAGUUUCGGGCCAUCUGGGAGGACGAAAAUACCCUCAGAGGGCGUGAUCCUUGGUUACACUUGUCGGCUGAAUGCACCAGAGCGACACAAAUCGAUCAUUCGCCCUGAUGCACUGAAUCCUUCGUUGAUCAACAUUGUGCAUCACUUUCACUUGAGAGAGGGGAUGGAGUAUGUGAAUUUGGACAGUAGGGUUAUGGUGAUAAACCACUACAAGUAUCAAGUAUGGGAUGUGUUCAAAGAGAAGUUCUACAGGAGAGUGGCUACUUAUGUUUCAGAUUGGAAAGAUGAGGAGAAUGUGGGGUCCAAGGAUCGAGCUCCGGGAUUGGGGACGAAGGUGGUGGAGCCUCCUGAUUGGUCGUCGAGAUUCUGCGAGGUCAAUGAUACCGGGCUCAGGAACUGGGCGUUGCAGGUUUUUGCAGAUUCUAACACUGAGAUUCUUCCUUGGUGAUUGAGAGGAUACACUGAUUUCAUUCAUCAAAGUUCAUCAUACAGACACGGGUCUAGGUAAAUUGAAAGUUAGUUUUUGUUAUCUUUGAUGCCAUUGUUCUGUCUUUUGAUAUUAUAGAUAGAUAAGGGAGGCGAAAUCAAUUCUUUUUGUAUAUAAAGGUACAAAUAAAGUCGUUUAGAGCAUUGAAGGUCAGAUAGCUACCAAUUGAAUGGAGAUAGUUGUAUUGUUG